AUGAAUAUGGAGAAGAUUCAUGUUAUAGCCAUUCCUUAUCCAGCACAAGGCCAUGUAAUUCCUCUACUAGAGUUUGCUCAACGCUUGGUUAAGCAUGGUAUCAAAGUCACGUUCAUAAACACAGAGGUCACCCACAAACUGGUAACAAGCACCUGGUUAGAAAAAGAUGAUUUCAGUGAUCUAAUGCAAAUGGUUUCACUCCCAGAUGGAUUGGAACGAUGGGAGGACAGGAACGACCUGGCUAAGCAAACAGAAGCAAUAUUCCAAACCAUGCCUGCCAAGUUGGUAGAACUUAUAAAGACGAUUAACAAAGAAGAUGAUAGCAAAAUCACAUGUGUUAUUGCUGAUAUUAGCAUGGGUUGGGCCUUACACGUCGCAGAGAAUAUGGAAAUUAGAAGAGCAUCCUUCUGGCCUGCCUCAGCUGUUGCAUUGGCUUCCCUUUUAAGCUUUCAGACGUUAAUAGAUGAUGGAAUCAUGAACCACGAUGGAGUUCCAUUGAACGAUAAUAUAUUUCAGCUGUCACCUACCAUGCCACCUAUAAAACCAGCAAACCUCUCCUGGGCCUGUAUCGGUGACUUAGCCACUACAAAAAUUGUUUUUCAGGCUAUAGUAGAAGCUGCAAAGGCUGUUAUAAAGACGGAAUGGAUAUUAUGCAACUCAAGUCAUCACCUAGAGUCUGAAACUUUUAGCCAUUUUCCACAGCUGUUGUCAAUUGGUCCCCUUUUGGCAAGCAACCGGCUUGCUAAACAAGCCGGGCACUUCUGGCCAGAAGACUCCACCUGCUUAACAUGGCUCGAUCAGCAGCCAGCAUGUUCGGUCAUAUAUAUAGCAUUUGGGAGCUUCACUAUUUUAGACCAGGCUCAGUUUGAAGAACUGGCACUUGGUCUUGAACUAACCAAUAGACCCUUUUUGUGGGUUGUGCGGCCAGGUAUCACCAAGGAGACUACGGUUACUUACCCAGAAGGAUAUAUGGAUAGAGUUGGCAGUCGGGGAAGAAUAGUGAGCUGGGCACCUCAACAGAAGGUCUUAUCUCAUCCUUCAGUGGCUUGCUUCUUGAGCCACUGUGGUUGGAACUCUACUUUGGAAGGUGUCAAUAAUGGAGUCCCUUUCAUGUGUUGGCCGUACUUUGCUGAUCAAUUUCAAAAUGAAACUUACAUUUGUGACAUCUGGGAGAACGGGCUGGCGUUGAAGAAAAACAAAGGUGGAGUCAUCACAGCAGAACAGAUCAAAAGUAAAGUGAACCAGCUGCUCAGCCACACAACAUUCAAAGAUAACGCCCUGGCUCUCAAAGAAAAGGCUGUGAGUAGUAUCAGAAACGGUGGAAGCUCAGAAAAGAAUCUAAACAAUUUUAUUCAAUGGAUCAAGGAGAAAGAAAAUCAUCUUUCAUCUUGAUUUGGAUCAGUAAAAGGCACAUGAAACAGAAAAUGAAUGGAGUAUAAGAGACUUGAUUGAUAAUAUAAAUUCCGUUGUUCUGGAUUCAUAGUUGUGACUUGUGUUUGGUCUUUAUUGAUUUGAAGUACCGUGUGUCUGUGUGGGUAGGCUUGUUUGGGAUUUGUUUACAGGAAGAACAGUUGGCUUUUAUAUGAACACGAGAAGAAAGAUCUGUGGACAACAUUAAGUGUCUCCUUUUGUUACUUUGUCAUAACUAUUGUUUGUGGUGUCCGCAGGGAUGCCUGCUCACCUUUUUGCAUAUUUGGUCCUAGAAACCCUCCUGUAGUGUUUAAGCCCAGAUGUUUGUGCAUACGGGGACAAUUACAAUCUGUGUAUGCUGAAACCAGUAAGCUUAUGUUGGGAAAUUUUGAUCUCAGGUUACUUAAUUCAUCAUCAAUUGGCAAGACCCCCAAUAACAAGCUAUUCUGAUGAAUUCAUCCUUGAUAGAGAGCUCGUAUUGGA